AUGGCUGCUGCGCUGCCUGCCGCCGCGCCCCCGCCCGCGCUCUCUAAGAACGCCAAGCGUCGCGCUAAAAAGAAGCAGCAGCGCGAGCAGGACAGGGAGGAUGUUUCUGCCCCUGCUUCCUCAGCCCUGCCCGCUAACGCGUCAGUGGCCCACAGCGACGACGUGGAGCAUGUCCCCUCGUACAUCGAGCCUGCCCCAGAGCCUGUCGCUGCGCCGCUCCCUGAGCUGGACCCUGCGAUGGCCGCAAACUUUUCCGCCGUUCUGGAACGUUUCCAGCCCCAGCACGAAGAGUCUUCAACACGAAAGGGGGAGGUGCUUUAUGCAGACGACAUGUACUCGGACGACGAGGAGGCGCGGUUGCCGAAGUCAACCAUGUCGCGGCGUAAGCUUCGUGAAAUUCAGCGCAUGUCUGUCGCCGAACUCAAAAAGCUCGUUCGCCGUCCAGAGGUAGUCGAGUGGGCGGACGUGGCGUCGCCCGACCCGCGCCUGCUCAUCCACCUGAAAAGCUACCGCAACACGGUGCCGGUACCCACACACUGGACGCAGAAGCGGGAGUAUCUUGCCCACCGCCGCGGCAUGGAGAAGCCACCCUACGAGCUUCCGUCCUACAUUGCCGAGACGGGUAUUGCGACGCUGCGCAGCGCUGUGCAGAAUGCCGACGCAAAUAAAACACUCAAAGCCAAGACCCGCGAGCGUGUGCAGCCCAAGCUGGGCCGCAUGGAUAUUGACUACCAGCGAUUGCAUGACGCAUUCUUCCGUUUCCAGACCAAGCCGCCCAUGACCAGAUUUGGCGAAACAUUCUUUGAAGGCAAAGACGGCGGGUCCCGCGCUCGGCAUCGUCGCCCUGGUGAUCUGUCGCCGGCGCUCCGCGAGGCCUUGUCAAUUCCGCCACUAGCGCCGCUCCCAUGGCUUAUUGCAAUGCAACGCCAUGGGCCGCCGCCCAGCUAUCCCCACAUGCGCAUCCCGGGCUUGAACGCUCCCAUCCCGGAAGGUGCGCAAUGGGGCUUUCAUCCAGGUGGCUGGGGCCGUCCACCGCUUGAUGAUCAUGGCAACCCCAUUUAUGGUGAUGUGUAUGGCCAAACUAAGACAAGCAGUGACCACACCUUUAUGCAGGACCCGCCUCAGCGUGACUAUUGGGGCGAGCUACCGCCUGAGGAGGAGGACAUGGAGGAGGAGAGCGAGGACGAGGACGAAGAAGACGAAGAGGACGAGGGUGAAGAAGCCAUGGAUGAAGAAGAGGAAGAGGAACCUACCGUGGUGGAGUCUGAGGCGGCCGCUGGCCUGGCGACGCCCUCGGGCAUCCAAACGGUUAUGGCAGGUCUCGAGACGCCUGCGCAUAUCGAACUGCGCAAGCCAACCGCGCCACCACCCAACAGUGAAAAACCAAUGGGCCCGCCCCCGCAACUAUACCACGUCUUGCCAGAGCGCAAGACAAGCACCAGCGGUCAAGGGCUGAUGGGCAGCGACCACUUGUACGAUGUACGCGCAGCACGCGAAUCUGAUUCUACAUAG